GUUUUGUCGAAUGUAAGUAACAAAUAACUAAAUAAAUUUGAUAAUUCGAUUCGAACUUUGGUUUAUUUGCAAUUAAAUCGGAAUGCGUUUGUUUAUCAUCAUUGCGAUUGCUUGAUCCAGUUCUAUUAAUAAUUAGAUCGUUGCAUAUUAUAGCAGAUCGCAAAAGUUGGCAAUGUUUCUAUAAUUAAUUGCAGCUCACGCCGCGCUGCCAAUUCACCGAAUUAGCUGACCGCUGCAAACGCGCAGAGUGCAGAAAUGCAAACGAUUUAUCGCCGUAAUCGAUCGGCUAAUUGAUUCGGCAAUUAAUUCGAACGUUAUCUGUUUAUAAUUGCUUAAUUUCGGUUAGAUAAUUGUUGAGAAUUGCGCGUGAUGAAGUCCGGCAACGGUGCGUGCAGCGAUCGAUGCGCAUGCGCGUUACCACGGCGUCCCGAGGCGUACCGGCUGCUGCCAAACCGUCGCCAUUUGCAAGCGUCAAUUUGUGCGUUGUACGUCGUCCGUUGAGCGGCGUCCGUUUUGUGCAUCGAAGGUACCAAAUUAGCAUCCAAAAUUACGGCCAACGUGGAAAUAAAGUUUUUCGAGCAAUUAAGGUCCCCGUUCAAGGGUUGAGGGCGAGAGAAAGAGAAAGAAAGGUACCGGGAGAGAGAGAUAGAGCGAGCGAGCGAUCGGUGUUUUAUAGUAGGGAGGAGAGAUAGAGGGAGCGAAAGAGAGAGAUUCGUUGUUGCGAAAGAAAUCGGAAAGGGCAAUAGGCAAUAUGACUGGUGCUGACGACGAACUAAUGCGAGUUUCAGGCGAGGCCAUGCCGGGUUUUGGCAGUGCGGGAACGUACAAAAUAUUUAUCGGCAACCUACCGGAGAAAACGGCCAUCACCGAUAUUAGGCCGCUGUUCGAGAAAUACGGGAAGGUGGUGGAAUGCGACGUGGUGAAGAAUUACGGGUUCGUCCACAUGGAGAGCGAGUCGGUGGGACGCGAGGCGAUUCAAAAUUUGAACGGAUACAUUCUGAACGGCCAGCCGAUGAAGUGCGAGGCGGCGAAGAGUCGCAAGGUGCCGACCACGCCGACGACAAAGAUAUUCGUCGGGAAUCUGACGGACAACACGAAGGCGCCCCAAAUCCGCGAGCUCUUCAAAAAGUUCGGCAGCGUCGUCGAGUGCGACAUCGUCCGGAACUACGGGUUCGUGCACCUCGAGUCUACCGGUGACGUGAACGAGGCCAUUAAAGAACUGAACGGCACCCUCGUCGACGGGCAACCGAUGAAGGUCCAAGUAUCGACGAGCCGCGUCCGCCAGCGUCCGGGCAUGGGGGACCCCGAGCAGUGUUAUCGCUGCGGUCGCGGUGGCCACUGGUCCAAAGAGUGCCCAAAGGGCAUGGGACCAGACCGAUUCCGGGACCGAAUGUUCGGCCGCGACCCGUACCCACCGCCGCCGCCCCCGCCCUUCCUGCGCGACCGGAUGAUGGGUCGCUUUGGGGAUGGUUACGACAGUUACUAUGACAGGAGGUACGAUGACUCGCGCGAUUUGUUCGAGCGCCGCUACUCUGGCAUGCCACCGCGUGGUGAAAUGGGAAUGCGAGGAGGAAGAGGUGACUUCCUGCCGCCACCGAUGCCACGCAGGGAACCUCUACCACCGAUGCCUUCAAUCGGUCUUCGCGGACCACCGUCCAGCAUGAGCGGAGGCAUACGGGACUCCGGCUUCUCCAGGAGCGGAGAUUACGGAAUGUUCAGCCGACGCUCGCCGCCUCCAAGUGCCUUGCAGGGAUCGCGAAUGAGCAGAAUGUACGAAGACUUUAGUAGGGAUUCAUUUGACGACAGAAGGCCUGGAAUGAGAGGACCAUCGCCGUCUCGUCGCUAUACCCCAUACUAGAUAGAAAUGAAGAUGUGAUCGAAGGAGGAUAACAGUUAGGGAGCGGAGAGGUGUGAGAGAGAGGGGAGCGGCGCUUUAUUAUUUGUAUUAUCUACCCCCGAUAUAUCUGAUUUAGUUGGUAUAAGCGACAUUCUAUUAAUUUCCUUUUACAUAUUUUCUUAUUUAUCGCACUCGGCUGAUAGAUUUGUGGCCGACGAUCGGCGGCCCUCUCCAACUAUUAAUUAUUAUUAUAUUUUUUUUCUAUUUUAACGCACAUCCCGUGUUUGCGUUGUAUUAUUUUUCGUUAUAAGUUUCUCGCCGAUAACAUUUAGAUUAUUUAGUUUUUUUUUAUGUUUAUGUUUUUUCUUUCUUGUUCACCGAUGACCAUAUACUAUGUUACAUAUUAAUUUCUGUAUAAAAAAAAAAGAAGUAGUAGCGGAAGGCCGCUGCUGACGAGACGUAUGCUGCUCCGUGUACGAGAGGAGAGGAAUUUGCGAAAGCGAAAAGGAACAAAAAAAAAAUGAGUGGAUAAUUAGUAAUAAUAUUGAUGAUUUGUAUUUUUUAAUCUGUCCAGACGAAAGGAUGAUGACUUGUAUUUGUAACGAGUGGUAAACGAGAUGUGUUUUUUAUAUAUGACAAUUUAAGACGAAGAGAACCAAACUGCAACAACAACAA